AUACAAUAAUUUUUUGGCUGCAGGAUUCAUGCAUUUCCAAAUCAGACUCACUUCUCUUCGGUUGCUCGGCCGUCAUUUGGAAAUUGAUUUGUACCCUUUUUUUAAACAUUCUUAGCUGAGCAUCUUUGAACAUGAUCCCAUCAUCUUCCCCUUUGUACAAGUGAUCAUGACGAAAGAUGAUGUAUCACCCACUCCCAAAGAGGUCAAGCCAAAAGGCCAAGGAAAUGGUCAUUGGCUUAAACAAGAAACAGUGGUCAUCCCAAAGAAUAACUUGUUUGUUGUUUUUAGCGGAUUAAUGUUGACUGUCUUCUUGGCUGCAAUGGAUCAAACAAUCGUUUCAACUGCUCUACCUACUAUUUCUGCAAAAUUAGAUGGAGGCUCAAGUGGUUAUAGCUGGGUCGGUAGUGCUUAUUUGCUUUGCUCAACAGCUGUGAUCCCUUUAUAUGGAAGAAUAUCCGAUCUGGCAGGCCGUAAACCAGUCCUUUGGGUUGCAAUCGUUUUGUUCUUAUUCGGUUCAGCAAUGUGUGGCGCUGCACAAAGUAUGACUUGGUUAUGUAUUUGCAGAGGUGUCCAAGGACUAGGUGGCGGUGGAAUCAUUUCUUUGGCAAAUAUCUUAGUCGGUGAUUUGGUUUCACUCGAACGUAGAGGAACGUUUGGUGGUUUAUACGGUUUCGUUUGGGGUUUCGCAAGUGUUAUUGGACCUCUGAUCGGUGGGGUUUUAGCCGAUCGUGCUUCAUGGAGAUGGUGUUUCUUUAUCAAUUUACCAAUCGGAGGUAUUGCCUUUGUUGUUUUGGCACUUACCCUAAACCUUAACCCUCGACCAAAAAAAUCGGUAAAAGAGAUGUGGCACAAGUUUGAUCGGUUAGGAUAUUUGAUCUUAUUGAGUGCUAUCAUCAUCUUUUUACUAGGAUUCACAUUUUCAGAAACAGAUGGAUUCAACACACCAAAAGCGAUCGCAUGUAUCGUGGUUGGAGCGUUUAUGUUUGUUGUAUUUAUCGCUUGGGAAUUCUUUUCUGAACGCAAAUUUCCUCACGUUUUACCACUCAUUCCAUCAAGAAUCUUUCGCAUUCGUACAACCGCUCUCAUGUUGGUUGGAGUUGCUUGUCAUUCUGUGACAUUCUUUUCAGGUGCUUAUUAUUUGCCCUUAUACUAUCAAGCUGUCACAGGAUCAUCUUCAACUUUAAGUGCCGUUCAAAUGCUACCAUACUCACUCAUCUCAGCCGCAACUUCAAUGGCAUCAGGAGCGUAUGUCUCUCGUGUUCGAGCAUAUAGGCCAACGAUUUGGGUUGCAUUUGCGGUUUACACCUUAGGAAUGGGAUUGAUGACAAUGUUGGAUGCAGAUUCAUCAAAAGCAGAACAAGAAGUCUACCCUUUGAUUGCAGGUCUGGGUUUAGGAUGUUUGUUCCAAACUCCACUCAUCGUCUUAACUGCCGCAAUGCCACCGAAAGAGAUGGCUUCUUCCACAGCUGCGAUGGCUCUGGUAAGAACUGCCAGUGGUACCGUAGGAAUCACAAUUGCGGGUAGUGUCUUCAAUGCAGGCGUUCGAAGCAAGACGGCGGGAAUAAUGGGCUAUGACAGAGCGGGUAUGUCUGCUGAUACGAAAGAUUUACGGGGUUUGGUUCAUUUGCAACCACCACAAUUAUCCUACGAAGUCGUCCAUGCAUACGGACAGGCUUUGCAGUUGAUAUGGAUCGUAAUGGCUCCAAUCGUUGGCUUUGGAUUCUUGUGUUCGCUAGGAUUAAAAGGAUACAGUCUAUCUCGUAAGAUCGUUCAAAAGGAAGAAAAGGAGACAGAGGUCAUUCCCGCUACUGCUACUCCCGCCACUGCUGCUCCAGGUUCAGCAAUCGAUUUAGCCAAAUCAGACAGUGGUGCAAGUGGCACAACUCCAACCGCUUCUUAUCACGAGAAUGAAACAAUACAAGAGACCGAUGUAGAGAAGCAGGAAGAAGAUGUCACAAAAUAAAUAUAUUCAUUAAUAGAAUAAAGUUGUAUCAUCAUCAUUGUAUUUUAAUUUUACAAAUGUUUGUGUAAUUCACCAUUCCAUUCGAUUAUCAGAGAUAAAUCGAACGUUCCCCUCAU